GCAGUCCCAGAGUGGUGGAACCAAGAAGGAGGAACCCCCAUUCGGUCAUCUUCCCCCUCCCCAUAGGUACCAGGGAAUGGGACAGAGACAUCCCUCUUGCUACCUGGUGCUUUUCUUAUUCCCUAUAUCCUCUUCUUAAUCAUUGCUGGAAUGCCCCUGUUCUAUAUGGAAUUAGCACUGGGACAGUAUAACCGAGAAGGGGCUGCCACUGUGUGGAAAAUCUGUCCCGUUUUCAAAGGUGUAGGCUAUGCAGUGAUACUCAUAGCUCUUUACGUGGGUUUCUACUACAACGUUAUCAUAGCUUGGUCUCUGUAUUAUCUAUUUUCAUCAUUCACAUUUGAGCUCCCUUGGACAAACUGCGACAACAGUUGGAACAGUCCAAACUGUACAGAUCCCAAACUCUUCAAUGCAUCAGUGCUUGGCAAUGGAACCAAAUACUCGAAGUACAAACUCACUCCUGCAGCUGAAUUUUAUGAGCGAGGAGUUCUGCACCUGCACGAAAGCCGUGGAAUCCAUGACCUUGGCUUGCCUCGCUGGCAACUUUCCCUCUGCCUCUUGGUGGUGGUAAUCAUUCUUUUCUUUAGUCUGUGGAAAGGAGUGAAGACUUCAGGAAAGGUUGUUUGGAUAACAGCCACAUUGCCUUAUGUUGUAUUAUUUGUCUUGUUAAUACAUGGAAUAACCCUGCCUGGUGCAUACAAUGGAAUAAAUGCAUACCUGCACAUAGAUUUCAGAAGAUUAAAAGAAGCCACAGUAUGGAUUGAUGCAGCUACUCAGAUAUUUUACUCCUUAGGAGCUGGAUUUGGUGUUUUAAUUGCAUUUGCCAGUUACAAUAAGUUUGACAACAACUGUUACAGGGAUGCUUUGCUGACUAGUACCAUUAACUGUGUCACAAGCUUCAUCUCAGGAUUCGCAAUUUUCUCCAUAUUGGGCUACAUGGCUCAUGAGCACAAAGUUAAAAUUGAGGAUGUAGCCACUGAAGGAGCUGGGUUAGUUUUCAUCCUGUAUCCAGAGGCAAUUUCAACUCUUUCAGGAUCUACAUUUUGGGCUGUGGUAUUCUUCAUCAUGCUCCUUACUCUUGGCAUCGACAGUUCUAUGGGUGGAAUGGAGGCUGUCAUCACUGGCUUGGCAGAUGACUUCCAAAUUCUGAAGCAGCAUAGAAAGCUCUUCACCUUUGGUGUGUCUUUUGGCACUUUCCUACUAGCCCUUUUUUGCAUCACCAAUGGUGGAAUUUAUGUGCUCACACUUCUGGACACAUUUGCAGCUGGGACUUCAAUACUGUUUGCUGUUCUAAUGGAGGCAAUUGGAGUUUCCUGGUUUUAUGGUGUGGACAGAUUCAGUGAGGAUAUCCAACAAAUGAUGGGCUUCAAGCCAGGCCUCUACUGGAGAUUGUGCUGGAAAUUUGUUAGCCCUGCUUUUUUAUUGUUUGUUGUGAUAGUCAGCAUAAUAAAUUUCAAACCACUGACCUACGAUGACUACACCUUCCCUCUCUGGGCAAAUCGCAUUGGCUGGGGAAUAGCAUUAUCUUCAAUGAUACUUGUGCCUGCCUAUAUUAUCUAUAAAUUUAUGAAUGUGCGUGGGACCUUUAAAGAAAGACUAGCUUACUGCAUCACACCUGAAAAUGAGCACCAACUCGUGGCCCAAGGAAAUGUCAGGCAGUUUAAGCUUCAACACUGGCUAACAAUAUGACAACCAACAGAUUGUAGAAAAAGCCAAUAUGUUAAGCUAAACUGAGAAUACAGAAAAGUCAAGUUCAAAGCUCCCUCGAUUAUGCUUGGACCAGGCUGGCUCAGAGCUUAUCUACUGACUCUUUGAGGGAAGACAUCUGCUCUCUGUUCUCAAUGCCUCCCUUCUAUUACUUGGCUUCAAAUGAUCUUUAAAGACUCCGUUUCAUUUUUCUUACAUCCUUUGGUGCCAUGAGAUCCCUACAUGACCAAAACUUGUGAGUUUUGCUAUUGGCAGAAGUGGAGGAGGGGGGAGCAGAGGAAAAAAAGCAAUCAACAUAAGUUAAAUGCUUUUUUAUUGUGAAAUGAAUUAAACUUUUCUGACAGUAAUAAUUUACUUCAGAUAUUCAUGCCACGACCUAUUUUAAACCAACAACACCUGAACGUUCUUAGAUCUAAAGAAAGAGUACAUCUCAAUUAUGAGGAAAAAGCAAUGUUAACUAUGUACAAUUCAUUAACUUUCUUUCCAUACUAUCCUUUGGGAUAUGAGUUUGCAUCCUUCUGAAGUGAAGACUCAAUGCUUUGGUUUUAGUGGUUUGUUAUUAGUUUCUUCUCUUGGUGAAGAAGGCUGUCUUUGCUGUAUAUGUCCAUGCCAUUUUCUAUCAAGUUUAAUUACACAAGCUGAAAAGCGGCAGGAACAGAAUUCCUGUUAUAGCUACUAAGUACAGGACAUGGUUUAAUACCACAUUGUACUUAAUGAAAACUAUAUUUGUUUAUAUCGACAAUUGAAAUGUCUAUAUUAUAUGAUCCAUACUCCACACUCUUCCAGCCAAGUAUGAAAGUUACAUGCAAAUAGACAGAUUUUCAGCUUUUUGUUAUAUUUUGUUCCGAAUAAAGAAUGUAAAAUACAUAGGAAGUGAGAAUUACAUAAUCUACCUGGGGGCACCAAAAUACCAAACUUCAGCUUUAUUCUCCUGCUGUGCACAUGCUAUUAUUAUAAUUCAACCUGAAUUCACCUACCAAAACAUAGUAAGAUUGUGCUGAAUAAUUUAGAAGGAUAUUUUAGGCAUACUUGGCUCUCUAAGCCUAUUCCAGCUCUUCUCUGUGCUAGUAUUAUGCAAGUUAGAAGAUAGAGAACAAACUGCAUUUGGGUGCUGUUCUUACUCUGUGACCACUUACCACUGUAGUAUUUUCCCAGUGACCACUAGAUUCAGUAGCUUUGAGUUAUUUCUUGUACUUAUUUAUCACUAGAUUUACAGUCAUUUUCAGAGGCAGCAGCUUCUCAGCUGAAUCCAGCCCAGAGCUUACCUCUGGACCUUACCUCUGAUUUUUCUUUUUGCCUUUAUAUAUCCAAUUCAGCUUGUCUUUUAAAUGUAUGUAUACUUCCUCUUUUUAAAAAGACCAUUUAAAAAGAUGGGGCGCUUUUUUUAUAAAACAAUUUUUGUUGAAGGAUUUCCCCACCCCACCCCCCUUCUUUUAAAUGGUCCAGUUUAAAAGCCCCAAGUGAUUUUGACAUUUUCCAUUUAACAUUGAUUUCUGUUCAAAAUAAGGGAAGGGAAGUUUCUCUCCUUAUUCAUCCUUUCCUCCAACGUAAUCAAUACUUUCGAACAUAUCAAGUAUAGUCCUCUUCUUAAAGAUUCUCUGUGACAAAUAGUAGUUUUAUUUAAACAGGGUUUUAAACCUAAAGACUACUGUCUUCUAAUUAUAAAGGAAAUCGUAUUUUCUGACCCAGCUGAUGGCCAAUAGCUGUUUAAACCCUGUUAUUAAAUACAUUUCAAUAAUAAAGGAAUUUCAAAUGUUGUGGUUCUAGUUCUGUAAUUAUACAAGAAGCCAAACAAUGAAAAUAUGUCGAGGCCUUCAAAAAAGCCAUCCCACCAACUUCAUAAGUAAUCCCAUUUUUAUUGUUUGCUGAACUACAUAAGGAUCUUUUCAUUGUUGUAAAGCUUACUUUUCAAUAAUACAGAUGCUUCAGUCACUGACUUGGCAUGACUCAAAAGCUUCUUAGCAUAGAUAUAAUUACCAAGUUUUGAAACUCUUGGGGGCUCUUUAACAUGGAGCUUUAAUAGCUUGUGACAUUAUACAUGAUUUGGAUCGCUCAUGUUUGGAAAUGCUGACAAACUGCAUUAAUGUUCACUUGUGACACACCCCAUCCUCACCAUCUGUAAAGCAAAACCCUUGCAGGAAAACUUACAUUUCAUCACCAGUCUGCUCUGAAAUAUCUUAACAGGGACUGAAAUCAGCUUUACCCAGCAUGUUAGGGUUCGAUUGCAUUUUUAAUACCAAAUCCCAAGGCAAUUACCUGCUACAUUAUUUUUAUUUUUAUUACUGUAUAGCAUCUUAGGUUUAGUGUAGUGUUUAUAGCUCAGGACUCUGUUGCACUAUUGCCAUCUUGUUCUGAGGUUUUAUAGAUAAAGAACUUGCAAUCUAUACAGAAGACAAUAGCAAAUCAGAGAAAGCAGGAAUCUUAUUACCAGGAAUAGUCCAAAUGAAAAAGAUAAUACACACUGCAUGACCACACAGCUAGGCUUUAAGUUCAGGAUGUUGCCCAAAAUAAGUCUCCCACAAAAUAAAGGACUUCUGUCCCAGAAAUGAAGAAUAACGUCUUCAAUUCUCCACAGAAUAAGAUGCUCAACUACCUCAUGCCUCUUGGACAAUAAAUGAUGCCAUUAGACACAAGCUAGCAUCCAUUCAAAUGACAAAUACCUUUGUGAAGACCAGGUUAUAUUCUUUUCCUCCAUUCAGUGAUAUGGUACAGGCAGUCCAAUAAGAAACCACAGCUCAGGCAUCCAGGUCCUCCUGCUUUGAGCUCCCAAAUACAUUUGCAGUAUGGAAAAUAUCAAAUGCCACUAAGAUACUCUUCUCCCUUCAGUUCAACCACUUGUAGUUUAAAAAAAAAAAUAUAUAUAUCACCCAGCAAGGUCCUUGUCACCCAUGUGGUUUAACUACAAGUCUUCCUCUAACUCAAUCUUGAAUUUUCAGGCAAGAAGCCCACUCUUUCCCUCAGCUAUACCUAUUGUGGGAACAGACCUGCUCCAGGGACCAAUGUUCUUCCAGAUAUCCCCAUGGGAUUGCAAGUAUAUGCUGGUGGAGUAGGAAGCCCACUUCUAAAAAAAGAAAAUUUUUGAUACAAGCUUAUUCAAGAUGCAGUAUCAUCUGCUUGCUAAUCAUGUUGGCUGUUUUGUAACAAGCCAGUGGCAAGAAUUCAGUGAAACAAUUAAACAGCUCACUUGACAGUUCUAGAAACUAUUUUCUCAAAAGCCUUUUUUUUUUUUAAUCUGGUAAAGGAAACUACUGUCAUACAUUAGCAUCUCUCUUCUGACCCUCCUUCCUGUUAGUGAAAGAGACCUGCCUGUGAUCCAUAUUUUUUUCAUCAAGCCAUAGAAGGUUAGUUAGCACCAAGGACAAAGAAAUCCUCCAUUUUCUUUGUAUCCCUCCUGCUCUCAUUCAUCAGGAUAAUUCUUCAUAUACUUGGUACUGUUCUAAAGCUACACCACAAACUCCAGAGAUUUAGAUUUCUGGUCGAAACAGUAGGCCUUUCAUGGGCAACAGUCCAAAAAGCACUAGUGCUAUUUAGUGUUUGGCCCCUGUUUGAACCAUAUCUUUCUUGUCAGUCCUUCUGGUGUUCUGUCAUGUCCUGAGGCAUACACCCUGGCAACACUUGAAAGACGUCUUACCACAGUGAAGGAUUUUGCAGGAAAUCCAGGAUCAAACAUGAUAUUUUAAAUAUAGAAUGUAGGAGAAAUACUUGGCUGUUAACUAUUGUACAUUCCCUAACUGCACGUGCAAUACAUGUUUUAUGUAAUUUUCCCAGAGGAAAUUUCCUAUAAUUGGUCAUUUCUCCUCAGCAAAAUACCAUUUAAAUGCUAUUAUUUAAAAAGGUCAAGCCCAAACAUUUUGUAUAUACAUCCACUUCUUAUGCUAUUGUUUUGACAUGAAUUAAGUUUAUUUUGUACUGUUAGGUUGUAGGAGGCUACGUAGAAAAUUCUUUUGCUUUUAAUGUCUCUUUUUCAGUUCUUCUGAUUCAUACAGUAUUAAUUAGCAGAUACUUGCUUUUAUGGGAGUAGAUAGCUUUCAUUCGUAUUCUGGACUGAUUCACUAAGUUGCAUGAGGCACUAGCAAGCAUUUAAGAAUUUCUUUCCUCAGAACCAAAUGAAAACCAGAGAUCAGCAAUUUCAAAAAGAGAUGAGACUUGCAAAUGUUAAAACAUUUUAAAAUGGGCCCGAAGGACUCAGACAUGACAGUUAGCACAGCUUAACAAAUGACAACGUAUAAUCUACCUGCAGAAAUUAUGUGUGCACUGUUGAGCCCCUCGGAGCAGUAAAACAGGAUAUAUUUGUUCUAAUACAUUUUAUUUUCUCAGGGCUAAGAAUAUUUAUGGUCCACAGAUCAGCCUAUGUGCAAGAACUCAAUCUCCUUAAAGGCCAACAUGAUUUUUCAGAUUAGACCCUUAAACAAGUUUGGAGUCUUUUGGAUAUAAUACAGGGAGACAGAUCUGGAAACACCUCCAGAAAGUCUCCUCCAAAGGGAAACACUUUUUCAGUCUACUUCCCUCUGACUCAUAGCCAUGCUCCUGGUGGUGACUGUGGGCUGACCUAGUUAAUCAGUGGAAAGUUAAACGGUUAGAAUAUGAAGCUAAAUUGUUUAUAAUACAUGACAAAAGUCAGAAACAGGACCUUGAAGUGACCUUACUAGGUUCAUAUCUAUAUGCAAGCUGAAAGUAGCAUACGGACUAUUGUAAGCAAAGCUGGCCAGAAAUCACCAUACAGAGAUGAAUGUGAGAGCAGCUUGGACACCUGAAUUAUUACAGAUCUUCAUUUACUGAACUAGUAUCAUCUGGUAGACAAGAAAGCCAGCUACAUUCAGCAUUCCUUGAGGAAAAAGGUAUCACUAUUACAGGAUACCACAAAGCACUCUGAAAAAAUUUUUAGAACUUAAUAAUUUAUAUGAGUUAAGCCCCGUUACAUCUGUGACCUUGCAUCACUGAGUUUGAGAGGAUCAUAUACAGAGAAUAGUUGUGUCUCAAACACCCAUUUGAGUGUUUCUGUGCUGUGGAAAAUAGGUUUUUUCAGCCAUUUCUGUUGUAACUCAGACUUCAACUGGAACACUUCACCAAGCAGUUGCCCCUCUCUAACCCAUAUUCUCAAAGGACAGUUUUUGCUGACAGCCAGCCAAGACCACUCAGACUGACAGAGCAGGCAUGCAUGUGUUUCAUAGCUGUGAUGUACAAUUACUUGUUCUGCCUGCUUAAGCCUAGCUGGGGAAUGACAAGACUCGUAAGCCACACCAUACACAUAGAAACUUUUCCUAGGCCAAAAAAAUUCGGAUUUUUGCAUAUUGUUGCUAUAAAAAUGUAGUCAGCAGAGGACCAAGAUCCUUAACAGAUGAUUUAUUUGUACAGUGGUGUUCACUGUCCAAGACUGAAUUUAGCUGCAUCUACAUGCAUCAGACUACUAUAGAGAACUAGAUGGCCAGCAGAAACACGUAACAGUGUAAUAUAGCUGCUUUUAAGUACAGAAUUUGAUCAGUUUUCUUUCACCAUUUAAAACCAGA